AUGAAAGCCCAACAAUUAAAGGAUCGCAAAGACAUUGUGAGAAAUCGAGAAGACAUCGAAAAGGAAAUUCUCGAACUGAAAAAGGAAAACGAAAACCUGAAAGCUAUGGUUGUUGGUAAAAACAAUGACCAGCAUUUGAAGGAUGCAGAACGUGUAAAAGAUGACAAUACAUCAGUAAUAGCUUUCACACAAGCGCCAUUUCCAACUCAGAAUCCAAGAAAACCUGCUUUCUCCGCUAAACUGUCUGCAUAUGACCACCAACUUACCGAUUCCGAAACGAUAAAAUUCGACGUCGUGAUGACAAAUAUUGGAGGUCACUAUUCCAGCGCAACAGGUCAAUUCAUAGCCCCUACAGACGGAACCUACUUCUUUUUAGCUACUACUUUUUCAUGUUACAACCAAUAUAUGAAGACAUUCCUCUAUCGUAACGGUGAGUACCUGCUGUCAAUGCAGGCUGAUGGUGAUGACGGACACGAAACUGGGUCAAUUGGCAUUGUUCUAGAGCUCAGUCAAGGAGACUACGUGUAUAUCAUCCAUAAUGGAGAUAACGGCAAUUGCAUCUAUGGAGAAUUUUCCAACUUUUCAGGAUUUCAAAUUUAG